AACAGUAACUCUAGCAUAACUAGCGGGCUACCUAGCUGCAGCUACAUGUUACUCGAUUAACUAGCACGAUUUGAUAAAGCUCGCAUGCUAGCUAGUAAGCCAGAUGUACUUGCACAUGAAAUUUCUUGCCAGCUACAUUUUUUGGCUUUGACUAACUAUUUUCGGAAGUUGCAUGAGUUCGCAAGGUAGCACGCCAGCUAGCUAGCCGCGCUCCACACGUGAACUGAACAAAACAUGAAGGCAGUGGUGUUAACCAAGCUGGUGAAAUGACUGGCAAGCAUACAGAAGUUUGUAAACCCCCAGCGGACAUUUAAAUAAAGGCAACGCCAUGGCUUCACCGUCUGCCAGUGUGGACUCGAAGGCGGAGCUGACGGCCCUUUUGGAGCAGUGGGAGCGGGAUCAGCAGGGCACUACCCCGGACCUGGUCUCCAUCCUCACCAAAAUCUCGGAGCUGAUUGAGCGGGAAACAGAGGAGUACCACAAGGCGGACCCCGAUCCGUUUGAUGACCGCCACCCAGGAAGAGCCGACCCAGACUGCAUGCUGGGACACCUGCUCAAGAUUCUCUUCAAGAACGAUGACUUCACCAACGCGCUCCUGAACACGUACGUGAUGACGAGCAGAGAGCUGAACCUGAACACCGCCGCCUGCCGUCUCCUGCUGAACAUCAUGCCCGGCCUGGAGACGGCCGUGGUCUUCCAGGAGAAGGAGGGCGUGGUGGAGAAGCUGUUCAAGUGGGCGCAGGAGGCAGACCAGCCGCUGCGCAUCUACGCCACCGGCCUGCUGGCAGGAGCCAUGGACAGCCAGGACAUCGCCGCCAACUACCGCGAGGAGAACUCGCAGCUGGUCCCUCUGAUGCUGCGGCGCCUGCGGGAGCUGCUGGAUAAGGACGCCAAGAGCCGGCCGGAGUUCAAGCGGCCCAGCCCCAGGAAGUGCGCCAGCGAGCCGCUGCUCCCGCUGGACGAGGAGGCGGUGGACGGGGGCUUCCCGAUCGCCCCGUCGCCCCCGCGCAACGACGCGGGCGGGAGGGCGGAGGAGGAGGAGGCGGAGGGGGGGCGCGGGGAAGAGGAGGCCAACGAGGUCAGCAAACCCGACCCGGAGCCACUGCCCGAGCCGCUGCCCGAGCCGUCACUCAAAACAGGCUCCGCCCUCAAGGCCGGAGGCCACACCUCCAUCAAGCCGGCGGCGGAGCCCGUGUACCCGGAGGUGGGCGGGCCGGGCCGGCUGGAGGGCGGGGCCCCGGGCUGGAAGAAGACGGACAGGGAGGGCGAGCGCAAGGCCAAGCAGAAGCUGAACUUCUCGCUGCCCGAGCCCGAGCGCUCCUUCAGCGAGCUCUCCAACAGCAGCUGGUCCGAGACCAGCCCCUGGGUCAUCGGCAACAACUACCACCUGUACCCGCUCACGCCCGCCAUCGAGCAGCGGCUCAUCCUGCAGUACCUCACCCCCCUGGGGGAGUACCAGGAGCUGCUGGCCGUGUUCAUGCAGAUGGGAGCCAGAGAGCUGCUCAUGCACUACAUGGACCUGAAGCUGACCAAUGACGUGCAGCUCACCUUCGAGGCCCUGAAGUAUUUGGCCUCUCUGCUCCUGCAUAAGAAGUUUGCGGCAGAGUUUGUUGCUCAUGGAGGAGUGCAGAAGCUUCUGGAAAUCCCCCGGCCCUCCAUGGCAGCCACCGGAGUGUCCCUGUGCCUCUAUUACCUGGCCUACAACCAGGACGCCAUGGAGAGAGUGUGUAUGCUGCCCCACCCGGUGCUGGGUGAUCUGGUGGGGUACACCCUGUGGCUGCUGGAGUGCUCCCAUGCCUCGGGGGGCUGCCACGCCACCAUGUUCUUCUCCAUCUCCUUCGCUUUCCGCGCCAUCCUCGAGCUCUUCGACCGGCAGGACGGCCUGCGCCGGCUCGUCAACCUGAUCAGCACGCUGGAGAUCCUGAACACGGAGGACCAGGGGGCGCUGCUGACGGACGACGAGAUCUUCUCCAGCCGCCAGACGGCCAAGCACACCUGCAUGGCCCUGCGCAGGUACUUCGAAGCCCACCUGGCCAUCAAGGUGGAGCAGGUCAAGCAGUCCCUGCAGCGGUCAGAGGGGGGCGCCCCCGUCCACACGCAGCCCUAUUACAAGGCCUGCUCCUACACCCAUGAGCAGGUGGUGGAGAUGAUGGAGUUCCUGAUCGAGUAUGGCCCGGCCCGGCUGUACUGGGGCCCUGCUGAGGUCUUCCACAAGCUCUCCUGCAUCCAGCUCCUGCUGCAGCUCAUCUCCUUCGCCUGCGACUGGAGGACCUACUACGGCAGGAGUGACACGGUGCGCUACGCCCUGGACAUCCUGGCCAUCCUCAGCGUGGUCCACAAAACGCAGCUGCUCCUGGCCGAGGCCGUGGACGUGCUGGACGAGGGGGGCUCCACCGUCUGCACCGUGGGAAUGAGCAUCAUCUUGGGCGUGGCGGAGGGCGAGGUGUUCGUCAACGACGCGGAGAUCCAGAAGUCGGCGCUGCAGGUGGUGAUCAACUGCGUGUGCGCGCCGGACAAGCGUGUCUCCAGCAUCGGCAAGUUCAUCGCCGGGACGCCCCGCCGCAGGGUGCCGCAGCCCGCCAAGGCCAGCGAGAACGUCCUCACCAAGAUGUGGAACGUGGUGCAGUCCAACAACGGCAUCAAGGUGCUGCUGUCGCUGCUGACGGUCAAGAUGCCCAUCACGGACGCCGACCAGAUCCGGGCGCUGGCCUGCAAGGCGCUGGUGGGGCUGUCGCGCAGCGGGGCGGUGCGGCAGAUCAUCAGCAAGCUGCCGCUGUUCAGCAGCGGGCAGAUCCAGCAGCUGAUGAAGGAGCCGCUGCUGCAGGACAAGCGCAGCGAGCACGUCAAGUUCUGCCGCUACGCCGCCGAGCUGAUCGAGCGCGUGUCGGGCAAGCCGCUGCUGGUGGGCACCGACGUGUCGCUGGCGCGGCUGCAGCGCGCCAACGUGGUGGCGCAGUCCCGCAUCUCCUUCCCCGAGAAGGAGCUGCUGCUGCUCAUCCGCAACCACCUGGUGUCCAAGGGGCUGCAGGACACGGCCAACGCGCUCACCAAGGAGGCCGACCUGCCCAUGGCCCACCUCUGCCACGCCCCCUCGCCGCCCUUCGCCGCCGCCGCCGCCGUCGUGGUGGUGCCCGCCGGCUCCCCCGGGGCGGUGCUCCCCCGCACCCCCCGGCUGGCCAAUGGGGUGGCGGCUCGCCUGGGCGGGGCGCACACGCUGUCCCCGCUGGGCCACGCCCAGCCCCGCCCCCUGCCCGCGCAGGCCCCGCCUCCUCCCCCCCCUCCGAUGUCGGGGGCCCCCCCGCACGGCUCGCCGCUGAUCGGGCGCAUCAUGUUCACGCGGGAGCGGCCCCCGCCCCCCCCCUGCGGGCACAGCGGGAAGCGGCCGCGCGUCCUGCGGCAGAAGUCGGACCACGGCGCCUUCAUCCAGAGCCCCGCCAUGAAGAAGCAGCUGGACCGCCACCUGCCCUCGCCGCCCGCGCUCGACGGCAUCAUCACCGAGUACCUGCGCGAGCAGCACGCCCGCUGCAAGAACCCGGUGGCCACCUGCCCGCCCUUCUCCCUCUUCACCCCGCACCAGUGCCCCGAGUCCAAGCAGCGGCGCCAGGCCCCCACCAGCUUCACCUCCCGCCUCACCCGCCGCGUGCUCUUCCCCAAGUACGGGGGCGUGGACGGGGGCUGCUUCGACCGGCACCUCAUAUUCAGCAGGUUCCGGCCCAUCUCGCUGUUCCGCGAGGCGGAGGAGGACGAGAGCGGGUUCAUGUGCUGCGCAUUCUCUGCUCGGGAGCGCUUCCUCAUGCUGGGCACCUGCACGGGUCUGCUCAAGCUGUACAACAUCUUCACCGGCCAGGAGGAGGCCAGCUACAGCUGCCACAACUCGGCCAUCACGCACCUGGAGCCGUCUCGGGACGGCUCCCUGCUGCUGACCUCGGCCUCGUGGAGCUACCCGCUGUCUGCCCUGUGGGGCAUGCAGUCUGUUUUCAUCAUGAAGCAUUCCUUUUUAGACGACCAUUACGUGGAGUUCAGCAAACUGUCGCAGGACAGGGUCAUCGGCACCAAGGAGCACAUAGCUCACAUAUAUGACAUCCAGACCGGCCAGAAGACCCUCACCCUCAACAACCCCGGCCUGGCCAACAACUACAAGCGGAACUGCGCGACCUUUAACCCCACAGACGACCUGGUGCUGAACGACGGGGUGAUGUGGGACGUGCGCUCCGCCCAGGCCAUACACAAGUUUGACAAGUUCAACAUGAACAUCAGCGGCGUCUUCCACCCCAACGGGCUGGAAGUCAUCAUCAACACGGAGAUCUGGGACCUGCGAACCUAUCAUCUCCUCCACACCGUGCCUGCCCUAGACCAGUGCAGGAUGGUCUUCAACAACAAUGGCACCGUCAUUUAUGGAGCCAUGUUGCAGGCCGACGAUGAGGACGACAUAAUGGAUCAGCAGAUGAAGAGUCCGUUUGGCUCCUCCUUCAGGACCUUCGAUGCCACGGACUACAAACCCAUCGCUACAAUCGAUGUAAAACGGAACAUCUUCGAUCUCUGCACAGACACCAAAGACUGCUACCUGGCAGUUAUUGAGAACCAGGACUCCAUCAACAUGGACACGGUGUGCCGCCUGUACGAGGUGGGGCGGCAGCGCCUGGCCGAGGAGGAGGAGGACGAGGAAGACCAGGACGACGAGGACCAGGAUGAUGAGGACGACGAAGACGACGACGACUCGGACGAUGACCUUGACGACAUGGACACGGACCCCCUCCUGGCUGAGCUGGAGAACGAGAACGGAGGCGAGGAAGAGGAGGAGGACGGCGAGCACGACUUCUCCCCCUCCGACGACGAAGAGGUGGCCCGCCUGCUGGAGGCUGAUGGCGAGGAAGAGGAGGACGACGAUGACGACGACGAUGAUGACGACGAUGAUUCCGACGACAACGACGACAAUGAGCUCAUCCUGGAGAACACAGACAGUUCAGACAACUCGGACCUGGAGGACGACAUCAUCCUGUCCCUGAACGAGUGAACAGGAGCGGGCGUAACCAGGACGACACGGGGGACCCCCGAGACCCCGCUUCCCCAGGAGGGAGGAGGGGGGGGGGGGCAGAGGGUCCUGCGGGCUGACGCUCCCGGCGGAAGCGGAACUGACAUUAGCAUCUUGAGCGGGUGGAAGGAAGAGAGCGACGCGCGCCCACGCGCACGGAACACGCGGGGGUCUGAGAGGGAGGCGUGCGCGUGGGACGGCUCCAUCCCCCCCCCACCCCCCCCAGGCGCGGGAGCCGCUGGGGCUUUUUGGGAGCAGCCCCCCCACACGGGCCAGCCCCAGCACGCGCGGACCCCGGCGCACCUGUAUUAUAGCGUUUCUUAAAAACAAAAAAAGGCUUAGUUUUUUAUGACAUUAUGAGUGGCUUUGUCAGCGUUUGAGCAGAAGGUCUCCAGCGGUGGGGGGGGGGGGGGGGGGAAAGUGAAUGUACACGUAAUAUAUAUUUCUUUGAGUUUCAUUAAAAUGUGUUUGUGAACCGCUUUCUGUGGGACCCACGGUGUGUGACAGUCUCCGCUUUCUGGCGCCCGCGGUCCGCCCGCUUCGCGGUAACGGCGAGGGGAAGCGCGCGUCUGGCGGAAAACGCGGCGUUCGCGAGCCUCGAUCGUCCAGCGUGAGCUCUGGCCCUCACCGACACGUGCUCAAGAGCCCAGGGACUGCUGGGUAAAGCAUGCGCCUCGCCUGGAUUUUUGGGUCUAAACUGGUCGCUGAUGAAGAUGAUGGACUCUCCAGGACUAGGUGUGAUGGGCCGUGCUGAAGAGAGGGGUGUUUGUCCGCCAUGAAUCGAGCGCACGCACGUAACGCUGCUGGUUUCCGAUUGCCGUUCAGUGCCGUCGGAUGAGCGAGACGUGUCACUUCCUGUAGCUGAAGCUACGCCCCAUUUUGGCUCCUCCGGUCCCCGCCUUCUCCUGCUACGUGGUUCCCUGUUUGCAGCCGUGGUGCGCCACACCGCCAUAUCGCUAUACAGAGGCCGUUGGACAUCUCAGGAUUUUACAGCACAUUUUCACGUCAGAACAGAAGUGUUAAAAAGAAAAAAACUGCCCCUUUUAUAUUUUAGCAUUUCAAAUUUUCUUACACACACGUCCACCGAUAAUUAUUCAGUGAAGUUCCGAUAAUAAAGCUGCUCGGGUGAGUCACUGAGCGUUUCUCACAGUGGGGAACACUGGAGGGCCAGAGUGAGUCAGAGAGCGUUUCUCACAGUGGGAACACUGGAGGGCCAGAGUGAGUCAGUGAGCGUUUCUCACUGUGGGAACACUGGAGGGCCAGAGUGAGUCAUCGAGCGUUUCUCACAGUGGGAACACUGGAGGGCCAGUGAGUCAGGGAGCGUUUCUCACUGUGGGAAACACUGGAGGGCCAGAGUGAGUCAUCGAGCGUUUCUCACAGUGGGAACACUGGAGGGCCAGAGUGAGUCAGUGAGCGUUUCUCACUGUGGGGAACACUGGAGGGCCAGUGAGUCAGUGAGCGUUUCUCACUGUGGGAACACUGGAGGGCCAGAGUGAGUCAUCGAGCGUUUCUCACAGUGGGAACACUGGAGGGCCAGUGAGUCAGUGAGCGUUUCUCACUGUGGGGACACUGGAGGGCCAGUGAGUCAGUGAGCGUUUCUCACUGUGGGAACACUGGAGGGCCAGAGUGAGUCAGAGAGCGUUUCUCACUGUGGGGAACACUGGAGGGCCAGAGUGAGUCAGUGAGCGUUUCUCACUGUGGGAACACUGGAGGGCCAGAGUGAGUCAGUGAGUGUUUCUCACUGUGGGAACACUGGAGGGCCAGUGAGUCAGUGAGCGUUUCUCACUGUGGGAACACUGGAGGGCCAGUGAGUCAGUGAGCGUUUCUCACAGUGGGAACACUGGAGGGCCAGAGUGAGUCAGUGAGCGUUUCUCACUGUGGGGAACACUGGAGGGCCAGAGUGAGUCAGUGAGCGUUUCUCACAGUGGGGAACACUGGAGGGCCAGAGUGAGUCAGUGAGCGUUUCUCACUGUGGGGAACACUGGAGGGCCAGAGUGAGUCAGUGAGCGUUUCUCACAGUGGGGAACACUGGAGGGCCAGUGAGUCAGUGAGCGUUUCUCACAGUGGGGAACACUGGAGGGCAGAGUGAGUCAGUGAGCGUUCUCACUGUGGGAACACUGGAGGGCCAGAGUGAGUCAGUGAGCGUUCUCACAGUGGGGAACACUGGAGGGCCAGAGUGAGUCAGUGAGCGUUUCUCACUGUGGGGAACACUGGAGGGCCAGAGUGAGUCAGUGAGCGUUUCUCACAGUGGGGAACACUGGAGGGCCAGUGAGUCAGUGAACGUUUCUCACAGUGGGAACACUGGAGGGUCAGAGUGAGUCAGUGAGCGUUUCUCACAGUGGGGAACACUGGAGGGCCAGUGAGUCAGGGAGCGUUUCUCACAGUGGGGAACACUGGAGGGCCAGAGUGAGUCAGUGAGCGUUUCUCACAGUGGGAACACUGGAGGGUCAGAGUGAGUCAGUGAGCGUUUCUCACUGUGGGGAACACUGGAGGGCCAGUGAGUCAGGGAGCGUUUCUCACUGUGGGGAACACUGGAGGGCCAGAGUGAGUCAGUGAGCGUUUCUCACUGUGGGGACACUUGAGGGUCAGAGUGAGUCAGUGAGCGUUUCUCACUGUGGGAACACUGGAGGGUCAGAGUGAGUCAGUGAGCGUUUCUCACUGUGGGGAACACUGGAGGGCCAGUGAGUCAGAGUGAGUCAGUGAGCGUUUCUCACUGUGGGGAACACUGGAGGGCCAGAGUGAGUCAGAGAGCGUUUCUCACUGUGGGGAACACUGGAGGGCCAGUGAGUCAGUGAGCGUUUCUCACUGUGGGGAACACUGGAGGGCCAGUGAGUCAGUGAGCGUUUUUCACAGUGGGGAACACUGGAGGGCCAGAGUGAGUCAGUGAGAGUCUCUCACUGUGGGAACACUGGAGGGCCAGUGAGUCAGUGAGAGUCUCUCACAGUGGGAACACUGGAGGGCCAGUGCAUUGGAUGGCUUGGUUUGUGGCACACAUUUCAUUCUGUUUUAGCAAAAACUCAGAUGUCAUGUUAUGAUUAUAAAAUGAGUUUAAAAAUGCAGUCAUUACAAGAGAUCAUUUCCAGUAAAAUGCCUUAAUCAGCUGACACCUUGGAGUCUAAGUUUUGCAUGUUUUAAUUUGACUUUUACUGACAGUAUUAUUUAAAUGAACUUAAAACACCGGCCCUAAUCUGUAAUUGCUCACGUGUUCACAAAUCCAAGGGGCCAGUAGGGGUCAGUGUUAGACUGUUAAUUAUAACAGAAAUAAUAGGGGGGCUGCAGAAUUAUUGUUUUGGCUUUUUGGUGACUUUCUGAGUUAAGUGGAGAUACUCAUUAAAAUUUCAGUUUUGCAAAGGGAAUACUAGUUUGUGGAGAAAGUGUGUUGAAGUGCAAGUCUUAAUUUCACAAAUAGUUCUCUUAUCUUGAGAGGAUAUGCUUGUUUUGACUUUUUAAUUAUAGAUUUUAUAAAAGCCACAAAUGUAAAGGUAUUGAAAAUGGCAAAUGUACAACCUGUAUCUAAUCUAUUUUUACUAUAAAAAAAUAAAAAAAUAAAAAUGUUUUCUUUA